AUGGAGGCAUCGGCGCACGUAAACAGCCUGGCGGCGAGGGCGCGCAUCCUCCGCGCGCUCCCCGGCCAGCUCACCCCCGCCAAGCUCGCGGAUCCCGCCGCGUCGCUCGCCGCCAUCCGCGCGCUCGAUGCCUUUUGCCUCACCGCCGCCGACGCCAUCGACGCGCACGACGCCGCGUCCCGCGCGGACCGCGACGCCAUCGAAGACGGCUCCGAGGCGCUGGACCGAUUCGUGGCGCACGUCGAACGCGCGUGCGAUCCGAGGGGAGGCGGCGACCUCGCCUCCAGGGCGGCUGCCGCGACGCUGCUGGGCAGAUGCGCGCGCGACUGCGCGCCCAGGCGGUUCGUCACGUCCCUCGCGCGAUGGGGCGAACGGCUGCAGGGGUUGGUCAAGCCCGACAAGACCGCCGACGCGACCGUCGCGGCGGUCGCCGCGGCGCGGGCCAUGUGUGAGAUCCUACGCCGCGCGGGCGCCAUGAUGGACGUCCCGGGCGUGCGCAAAGAGGCCGCCGUCGUCGUGCAGAGGGCGCUCCCGGCCAUCCUCGCGUGGCUCGAUGACAAUGACUCCGACCCGGACGCCGCCGCCGCCGCGUUGGACUUUAUCAAAGCCGCGCUCGUCGGCCACCCGGCGGCGCUCAGGCCGAAAGCUGACGCGCUCGAGCGGUCCCUGGUGCGCGCCGCGUACUCGGAGGGCGGUGUAUUCGACACAGCUGUGCAUCAAUCUGUCAUCAGCUGCGUCGCGACGUUUCCACGAAUCGGCUCGGCGCCGACGGCCAACGCCGGCGGAGCGCCCGCGGAUUCCGCGCGCGCGUGGAGCUCCACGUGCCGCCGCGCGCUCAUCGCGGUGCACUUAAACCUGGACCUCGCGCUGGAGGGCGCGGAGCCGAUGAACGCGGGCGCGAGCUCCAAGGCGAAGCUCGAACCCGCGGGGGAGGAACCGCCGCCGCCGAUUGGAUUCGACGUCGUAACACAGAUCGACGGCGUCAACGGUCGCCCGUCGUCGCCCGUCGCGCUUCGACGCGCGAUCGCGAUGCUCCGCGUGAUCGCCGCGAUGUUGCGCACCGCGUUGCCCACCGCGGCGGCGGCGCCGGUCCCCGCGGAGCUCAUCCUCGCCGCCGCGCGGCGAACGCUGGAUUGCGACGGCGCCGGCGCGUCGACCGCGCCGGGUCUUCCGGCGAUUGCGCUUCGGGUGGAGACGCUCGCGGCGCUCCCGGACGCGCACGUCGCGGCGGCGGACGUCGUCGUCGCGCUCGUGGAGUGCGGCGGGGUGGCGAUGACGGCGCUCGCGGGCCCGGUCGCGCGGCUCGUCGACUCGUGCCUUCGCCGGGGCGACGGGUCGGGGAGGCGAAAAGAAGGCGGCGGCGUCGGCGGAGGCGGGGGAUGGGGAACGUGCGCGGGGGUGCGCGUCGCGAUGUACGCGGUCGCCGCCGCCGCCGCGCGUCGCAUGGGCGCGGGCGCCGUCGCCGGGGACCUCGCCGCGGCGGUCGUCCCCGCGGCGGCGCGCGACGCGGUCCUCGGCUGGGACGGGUCGGGAGCUCCGGGCGCGUCGUCAUCCGCCGCCGCCGCCGCUCGCCGCGCGUCCAAGACGUCGACGACCGACGGUAAGAAGCGUAAGAAGGGCAAGGGCGGCGCGUGGGGUACCGCGGGCGCGGCGGAGAUGGAGGAGUACAUCGCGUCCGGCGGGCUCAUCGACAGGCGCGGCGGCGUCGCGGGCGGCGGCUUCGCGGCGGCGACGGCGGCGGUCCGAGCCGCCGCGCUCGAUUGCCUCGAGGCGGUGCUCACCUCCGCGGGCGCCGCGCUCAAGCCGAGCGUUCGCACCCUCGCGGACGCCGCCGCCGCGGAGGCUGCGUCCGCCGCGGUGGCCCAGGCGACGGCGCCGCCGUCGUCUCCGGCUUUUUUGGAGGCUUCGACGCCGGCACAGCUGGCGGUGAGAGCCGCCGCGUACGACGCGUUGCUCGCGUCGGUGCUGGCUCCGAGGCCGUUCCGACCGACGAACCUCGCGCUCGCGUCGGCGCUGUUCCGACGCGCGAGGACGUUCGACCCGGCGCUGGCGCGCGUCGCGGGGAGGGCGAUGCUGUGCUUGGAGGCUGUGGUGCAUCCCGCGGCGCCGCCGCUGCAUCCCCGGGCGAUCGCGCCGCCGAGGGAGCUGCUUUACGGAGGCGGCGGCGACGACGGCGGGGGAUGGGACGGCGACGUCGGCGGAGGCGCGGGGCGGGAGAUCGCGUGGGGCGACGGGCCCUCGUGGGGCGACGAGCGAGGUGCCGACGAGGAGCCACCCGCGAAGGCUCGAAAGGUUGAUCGGGAGGACGACGAAGACGACGGGGAAGACGAGGAAAUGGCCGAGGAAAUGGCCGAGGAGGAGGAGGAGGAGGAGGAGGCCGGGGAGGAGGAAGACGAAGGAGCGGAAGAAGAGGAGGAGCGCGAGGAGAAGCCCGCGGCGGAACCGGAGCCCGCGGCUGCACCCGUCGCCGAGCCCGUGUCCCCGACGUCUCCCACGCGCAGGUCCAGGCGACUCAGCGGCGGAGCUGCGGCGGAGCCCCCGGCUCUCGAUCCGCCGCCCGCCGCCGCGAAGAAGAAGGCAACGAAGGCGGCGGCGAAGCGAAAGAACGUCGCGGAGAGUAAGGUGGAGGUGGACACGAGGAAGGAGGAGGUGGCCGAGCCGAAGGUCCGGCCGAGCCUCGGAAGCGGGAAGGCGGCGGUUCAGGUGCAGCUCUCCGACAGCGACAGCGACGGGGAGCUCCCGGAAAUCGUGGACGAUUUCGAGUGA